CACUCUCAAUUCUCAACAACCUUCUCACUUCCCCACCACGCAAAUAACGCCCUUAACCACAAAAUCGACCCUUUACUAGCAAUGUAAUAUACAUAUAUAAUUCACUCACUCCUAUAAAAACAAAAUGCUCCUACUCUACUUAAUACUCAAUGUGUUAAUGAAUCACAUAUAUUCUAUUAGUCCUUCAAUGGGAUUACAGAAUUUCAUCUCUCACACACUCACUCUUCUCUUGGCGCCAAACAAGGCUAGCAAGAGCGAUAUGGCUGAGUGUGCGGUGUGCCUGUCGAGCUUGGAGGGCGGGGCGGGCACGAGGGUGCUUCCCUGCCUGCACGAGUUCCACACGGACUGCAUGGAGAGAUGGCUGUCGAUGCCGCAUUUCAAGAACACUUGCCCCAUCUGCAGGUAUAUGAAUCGUUAUUUCAAGAAACUUUCUUCCGUUGAUUCUUCAUCAGUUGAACCUUCACUUCUUCAACCUCAAGAAUUAUCGUAUGAAGAUAAAAGUAAGGUUGAUUUAGAGAAUCUUCCAAGUGAUCCAGGAGAACGACCUGAUAUAAUGAGUUAUCCACCAAAUUUAAUAGAACAAGUUCGCAGAGCUUACUUACUUAAAGGUCCGUGUCAACCACGUAAUCAUGAUUUUCGUCCUACAGUAGAUGGAAAUCGAAAACGUAAAUUUGUCUCACAUUGGUUUGAUGAAUUUAAGGAUUGGUUGGAAUAUAGUGUUACAAAAGAAGCAGCUUUUUGUUUAUAUUGCUAUCUUUUUUCAAGACUCCACGGAAAUGGACAAGAUGCUUUUGUAUCAGGGGGAUUUACGGUCUGGCGCAAGAAAGAAAGAUUAAGAGAUCAUGUUGGAAACCAUAAAAGUACUCAUAACAGGUGCAGAUUAGCAUGUGAGGAUUUGAUGAAUCAAGCCCAACACAUUGAGGUCUCUUUGGCAAAACAGUCAACACAGUCUAAGCUUGACUACCGUCUGCGAUUAAAUGCAACGAUUAUUUCUCUUCGUUAUCUUAUAAUGCAAGGAUUGCCUUUCCGCGGUCAUGAUGAGUCAGAAGAAUCAUUAAAUCAAGGUAAUUUUCUUGAGUUCUUGAAAGUUAUUUCUUCUUGCAAUGAAGAGAUAGCUAGUGUUGUGCUAAAAAAUGCUCUAGACAAUCUCAAACUUACAUCACCAGAUAUUCAGAGAGAUAUUAUAAAUGCAUUUGCUGUUGAGACAACGAAAGCUAUUAGUUGAUGAGUGUCGAGAUGUAUCUGUCAAAGAGAAAAUGGG